AUGGGUAAUAAGCCUCAAUAAUAUAUACACAAAAACUAAAAGCCUUAAAAAUCCAAGAUAAAGACGCAUAUACCUGUUGUUUAAUAGGAAAAAAAUUAAGAAGAAAACAAUCUUGAGACUGAAUUUUUCAUAUUUUUAUUUAACUAAAGCAGAAUAGCAGAAUGGAAAAAGUAUUUUGAAAUAUAGAAGAUCUAUAAUAUGGAAGACUUGCUUUCUUCUUAUUAAAUGAAUAAAUAUACAAAAAUUGGUAAAAGACUUAAUGAAGCUGAAACAUAAAUUCUAAAUUAGUAUCUAUUACGAUAAUAAAGAAAAGAGAAUGUAAAAAUAAAUAUAAAAGAGAAAUAAGAUUUAAAAUUAUUUAAAUAAGCUGAAUCUUCAGAUGAAUUUUAUAGAAAAAUAAGAAACAUUUUAAUAGUUGGAAUAACAGGAUAAGGAAAAUCAACAUUUAUUAAUACUUUUAUCACAGCAAUAGAACAGGAAUUUAAACCUAGGGAAAAUAAAUAAUUUGAAUUAGAUUUUUUUGAAAUUAUAAAAAUAAAAGAUUCUUAAGCAAAAUCUGAUACUACUGAAGUUACCCCAUAUAAAUUUACUUAUUAAAACUGCUUAUUUAAUCUAAUUGAUACUCCAGGUUUAGCAGAUACUUAGGGUCCUUUAAAAGAUUAAAAAAGGAUUACACAAAUAUCUAAAUACAUAAGAGAGGAACUUUAUGAUAAAAAUUAGAAACUUCAUGCAGUUUUAUUUGUAUCAUAAUCAUCUACUUAAUAUGAAGUCAUUGAGAGCAAUCCAUCUCUUCUAUAAUUAUCAAUUUUAAGUAUUUUGAAGUUAUUUGGAAAAUAAAUGUGUGAAUUUACAAAACAUUGUCUUACUUUUUCAGAUUUUUCAGCUAUAAGUACUUAAAAUUUUGAGAGUUAGGAUUCUGUAUUUUAUUCACUUAGGUAGAAUUAAAUAGUUAAUUAAGAAUUUUAUUAUUAGUUUUAAAAUUCUGUAUUUAGAGCGGAAAAAUAAGGAUUUAUUGAAAAGAUUCAUUUUAUAAAAACUUUCUUAAACUACCGAAAUCUAUUCUAAUUUAUUAGUGAUCCAAACAAUAAAGGAUUUAGUUUAGAAGAAACAACAAAUGUAAUUAAGUAGAGGAAAACAAUUUACUAAGAAUUAGAAGGUCUUUAAGGAAAAAUCUAAAAAUUUUUUAAAAUUUUAAAAUAAAUAGAUGAAAAUACUCGUAAAUAGCAAAUUUAUAACAACAAAGAAGAAGUUACAAAAGGUUACUAAACAAAAAUAUAUUUAACAGAAUGGGAAAAAAAACCUAGUUUAAAAAAUGGUAGGUAAGCUUACUCAAUUAAUUGUUCAGAAUGUAGUUAAACAUGUUGUAGAGCAUGCCAAAGCUAGAAAGUUAAGGAUUGUGUAUAGAUGAUUGAUAAAGCUGUGAAUAAUAAAUACAUAAAAUAUUGUGAAUGUGGUCAUUCAAUUGAACAUCAUAGUCAACAAGAUUUUUAUUUUAAACCAAAGUAAGGUAAAAUAUUAUUCUAUCAAAGUUUUAUUAAUUGAAAUUAAUAAAGAGUUAAAGAAUGAACAUUUUAGUGCUUAAAAGAAUAAGAUUUCGAUUGAUAGUUUACUUAGAAAAAAAGAAGCAAAGCGUCAUAAAAUAAAACAAAAAAUUCUAAAAGUCUUAAUUAUAAUGAAAGAUUGUCUAACUCAGUUGUUGUCAUCUGCUCUUUAUAAACUUGAUAUACUUGAUGUUAAAGCAAUUGAUUUUGUUUUAAAAUUCUAUCCAGAAUACAAAAAUGUUUUACAAGAAUUUCAAGAUAUAGAAAUUUAAUAAUUAGGUGAUGUUGAAUAAUGA